AUGGGAAACGAUACCUCCAAACAGCCACAGAAAGGGCCUCCCAAGACGAACUUGGACCUUUCGAACCAGUUUCUGACUGAACUCCCCAUUUCGGUCAAAAACUACACGUCAUUAGUUCAGCUCAACCUGAACCACAACACACUGUCAAGUAUCAACGUUCUCUCUCAAAUCCAUCUCUUGACCAAUUUGGAUGUGAGCAAAAACGAGUUAGAGACAGUUGAUGAUGCCGUCAUUGUUAGUAACACGUCACUGCUCAUUUUAAAUUACGAAGGCAACAAACUGAAACACAUCACGCCACUGAUUAACUGUCUUCCCGUUUUUAAACUGAAUUUUUCCGAAAACGAGAUCGUCGAAAUUCCAGACACCAUUGGCGACUGUAUUGGUCUCACAUAUCUUUCCUUGGCCAAAAACCAGUUGGUCUCUUUACCCCCAACGAUGAGUCGCUUGAAGUCUCUCAAACAACUGAUAUUGUACGGAAACAAGCUGAAGAACUUGCCCCUUCUUGACAAGAGUGGGCUGACGCACUUGGAUGUUGCCGACAACGAGUUUGACGUCAUCCCCAAAAUAGUAUUCAAGUGUCCGUUGGUCAAACUGUAUUUGGACAGCAACAAUUUGUCCGAAGUCCCCAAUGACAUCUCUGAGUUGAUUGCACUGAAGGAGUUGACACUGUCAAGUAAUGUCUUGAGGAGUUUACCAAAAGGGAUGACGAUGUUACCGUCUCUGCAAGUACUUGAUGUGGAGAAGAAUGACUUGGGAGAGUUUUAUGAUACUAAGCCGAGUUUGCAAGAUAUCAUGGAACACAUCAGUGGGGGAGGAGAAGUCCAGACUGUGGCACUUUCUGACAAGAAGGUGCAAUCGAAGUACGACCGGAGAAAGGCGUCUGUAGAGAUUCAGAAGCAACUCCAACUUGAGACUAAGGCAAGAACCUUUGAACCUGCGCCACCAAGAAGACUGCUCAUUCGAGUGUUUGGUGAAGGCAAUGCGACGUGGGCUGCUUUUGUGCCGUUUGAAAGAGGCGAUGGGAAGAAAGUGACUGUCUCCAUAUAUAGAGGAGAUGCCUAUCUGUUUGACACAGGGAAGAGUCUGACAGUGUUUUACGGGAAGGAGUGCAAUAAAAGUCGACGACAGAAAUGUGACAAACUUGUUGCAGCAAUGAAGAAGGAGAUUGGCGUGAGUAAAGUCGACUUCAUCGACUGUAACGAGAAAAAGAUGCGGAAGAUGAAAACGGACGAUUUGCUGAAGCCUUUCAACCAAUUUUUCCAGACGAAUUACAUCAGAAAUAUUUAUAAAGCAAAAGACGUUAUUCAGAGAAUCACUGAUACAAUCAAAGUCUUUGUCAUUGCCAUCCAACGACAUGGGCCACAGAUCUUGUUGGUACCUGGGCGACCGAAUAAAACACAAUUGAAUAGUAACACGACGGUUGUGUUGGAUACUGGAGUGUUGGUAUAUGUCUGGUACGGCAAAGAUGCGACUCCAACGGAACGAACUAUUGCUGUGUUGAAAGCAGAAGAGAUACUUGAAUCGUCAAUGAGAAGGAAAGACAAACUUGAGUUUGUCAUUCAAGGCGCGGAGUUUGCACUGUUCAAUGAGUACUUUGUGGACAAUGAUGACGACGAACAAAGGAAAUUACUCGGGGAAGAGAAGAAAGACGACAACAAGAUGUACGAGGACAUGUUAAAAGAAAUGCUCGAUGACUUAGCAGAAGACACGCGAUUUGAUCCAGAAGAUCAGUUUGUGAGAGAAAUCACACCACGAUGUGCAUCUGCGACGCCACGAACGAGUGAGUAUGGUGAAAAGAAGUCGUCCUCGGACGCCGAACGAAGUGAUGUUGAAGACGAUAAUGAAGUCAUCAAAUCAGUGUCACCGUUUUUAAGAGAAGCAGACGCUGAAGCCGAAAAAAUAGACAAGAAGGAAAUGAUCGAAAUAGAGGUACCCGAAGUGUGCGAAGUCGAACCAAUUGAACUCAAAGAGCUCAAUGUUACAAUGUUAAAAGAAAUUGGUUCAAAGGCGAGAAUUGAGAAAGAAGAUGAAAAUGUCAGGAGUGAGAAAGUAAGAGAAGAUGUUGGUGGUGAUGUGAAAAAGAGUGGAAUUCGAAGAGAUGUUGAAGCUCCUCGGGAGUGUCAGACUGUGAUUGAAAUAGCCAAGUCGGCACAUCAAAGAAAGGAAAGUGCGACAAAGUUCAAGUUGGAUAAAAAGCGAGUGAAGUCAAUAAAGAUCAAAGAAGAUGUGCGGAGUGAGUACCAUCGAUUACCUCUUAAAAAGGUUGUCGACGCCGUCGAAGCCAAAAAAGAAGAAAUUGUUGAAGUUGAAGCGCCGAAUGCGUGUCAUAGUGAGUUCGUCAAAGAGACCAAAAAUGGAGUCAAAGAAAAUUUGGACUUAAGUCGGUUACAGGUUGAGAGACAGAAAACGCCAAAAGUGAAAGAAGAUGUGAAAGGUGCUGUUCGACAAAGUGGAAUUAUUUCAGUAGAAGUGAGUCAUUCGCGUUCAUUGACGCCAAGUGGGAGAGAAGAAAUUGAAAAGGAAUUCCAACAAAAUAAAGAGCACGAACGAUGGGAGAAAGACAAGGUGAACUUGGAAGGAAGAGUGGAGAGGCCGCCAAUACACAAGAAUGACAUUGAAAUAGUUGUUCCAAAGGUUGUCAAUAACAAACAAAAGCUUCAAGUCAUUGAGGAGAUCAUUAGUGAAGAAAUCAUUGAGGACGUCGCACCAAAAGAACAGAUGACAGUGGCAUGUAUUACUCCAGACAAGAACAAUGAUAAUAAAAAAGAAGAGAAGAACCAAGGUGGACAACACGUUGAUACAAAGGAGGACAAAAACGACUGGAAGCAGUUAGUCGACAACAAAGAAGUGAAAACGAUGAAUAUCAAAUUCCGCAAUGUGAAGCGACAAAAAGGGAAAGAUAGUACGGACGUGUUUAAAGCACAGAAAGUCGCAAUUGGGAACACCUCACAACUUGCCGAGAAAACAGCGAAAGCAGUGCACCAAGUUGUUGCGGAGGACUUGCUCUUUCAGCGCAAAAAAUUGGCGACUAUAGAGAAAGGCAACGCAAGAGAUUUGAAGCGACUCAUCCAUGUCAAAGGAAAGAAGAAACCCUUUGCGAGGUUAGUGGAGUGUUCUUGGAUGUCGUUGAACUCGGGCGACGCGUUUUUGUUUGACCCUGGAAAAGGAGCAAAGACCAUUUACGUGUGGCUAGGUAAGGACUCGAACACGAUGGAGAAGGGCAAAGCAGCCAAUUUAGCGAAAUUUAUUGCAUUAGAGCGGAAUGGUGCGAAGAUACAAACGGAAGAUGAAGGGAAAGAGUCCAACGAAUUUUGGUUUGAAUUUGGGAAGCCUACGGGGAACAUUCGCAGUAGUGAAGAGGGCGGCGACGACGUUUUGAUAGAACAAGCGCAAAUGAAGUACGUCACGUUAUACAAAUAUUGGUGGGACGGAUUGAAAGAGAAAGUUGAUAUUGAGAGAUGGAGUUACGACGGGAAGGACAUAUCGAAAACAUCGUUGGAGACAAACAGCUGUUACAUACUUGAUUGCUAUAGUGAGAUGUACAUGUGGGUUGGAGGAAGAUUAGCGAAAGACCGAAGACAACAAUACAUCCAAGACUGUCAAAAGAGAUAUUUAGAGCGAAGGAAGGAGGUCUGGAUUGCACCACUUUUCUUUGAGUUUCCAGGGUAUGAGCAAGUCAUGUUCAAAGAGCGCUUCUGCGACUUUUUGGAAGCGCCAAAGAAGCUGAAAAGCUGGGAAUUUGAUGACACGCCGAUAUCAAGAGGGAGUGCUGUGGACUAUACGAUGAUGUUGAGUAAAGAGAUUCCAGUGAGGAAGGAGGUCUACAUCGACAACGCAGACGGAAAGAAGAAGAUCUGGCGUAUUGAAGAGUUCAACCGAGUCGAUAUAACAGAGGAGGGAGAGUUUUUUGAGAGUGAGAGUUACAUAGUGCAAUACACAUACGUCAAAUGGAACACCGACUUCCACAUUUUGUAUUUCUGGCAAGGGAGAAAUUGUCCAACACUUGAUAAAGGAGCUUGUGCGCGUUUGACUGUUGAUUUACACAUGACACUCAAAGACGAAGGGAAGGAGUUUCGAGUGGCACAAAACACGGAGACGACCCACUUCUUGAGCAUAUUCUCGAAGUUUGUGGUCAGACUUGGGAAGGAUCCUGUUGCUAAGUUGGAGACUAAGGGUAAGCGGGUGUGGGAGACUGAUAUCUUGACAAACACAAAAGCGAGUAAAAAACUUGUGUUUGACAUUAGAAGGUGUGGAGUGAAUUUAGACAAAGUGAAAGCAGUUGAAAUUGAGUGGAAGAUGUGUGAGGACAGACUCACUUCCGAAGCCGUCUUUUUGAUCACGACAGAGACAAAGGCAUAUAUCUGGAAGGGCAAAUUAACAAACACUGCUGAAUUGACAUAUGCGAGAAAUUUGGUGAAAGAGUACGCUGAUGUGAAGCGCAAUGAAGUGAUUGAGUACGACGAAGGAAAGGAGAGCGCUGAGUUUUGGAAAGCGUUGGGCGGGAAGCGUUCCGUCGAGCCGCGAGUUUUGAUGUGGCGCAAUCGACUGUUUGAAAUGUCAUCUAAAACCGGAGUCUUUGGUGUUGAAGAAGUGACUGACUGGUAUCAAGACGACUUGGAGAAGAAAUCAGGAAUGUUGUUGGAUUGCUACGACGUGAGUUAUUUGUGGGUGGGCAAAAACAUUUCCGAAAUUGACAAGAAGUUUUCGAUGGAGACAGUGGGGGAGUAUAUUGCUCGAUCGAAAGAGGAAGAGCGUAACAAAAGAAAGUGUUAUAUAGUACAGGACGGAAAGGAGCCUUUUGUGUUUACGAAUUACUUCCACGGGUGGAGAAUAGCAGCAAAACAAGUGGUUUCAGUGAGGGAUAAUAUUAAGGACUGCCAUGACGAAUUGAUGAAAUUGUCUUCGAAGUACUCGUACGACGAUUUGUUGCACAAACGAUACCCUAAAGAACUUGAUAAAUCACGACUCGAAGAUUACUUGAGCGACGAAGAAUUCAUCAAAUUAUUCAAAAUGACAAGACCCGAGUUUGAAGCUCUGCCAGGAUGGAAGAAACAGAAGCAGAAAUACGAACUUAAGUUAUAUUGA